AUGGCGGCGGCUGCAGCGGGCGGCGUGUACGAGGCGCUCCCCCCUCCCAGCGCCUUCACCCGGGAAGGAGAGACCUGCUGGCCGUGUCCGGCCUGGACGGGAGGAUCACCGUGUGGGACAGCCGAGGAGGGGAGCUCUGCCGGGAGUACGUGCCCUCAGCCCACCUCUCCGCCACCUGUACCUGCCUGGCCUGGGGGGGCCUCAACCGGGGAUCUGGGCAGGAAAGUCAUCAGAAAAAGAAGAGGAAAUCGGAAGCGGCGAAGAAAGACGAUCAGUACGACCUCCUCGGCAUCGGCACGGCGACCGGCACCAUAUUAUUGUACAGUGUUGUCAAAGGGGAACUACAGAGCAAAUUGGUUGGUGGCCAUGAUAACAGAGUAAACUGCAUCAGGUGGCACCGGGACAACGGCUGUCUGUAUAGUUGUUCAGAAGACAAACACAUCAUAGAAUGGAACACACAGACCUGCAAAGUGAAAUGCAAAUGGAAAGGAGACAAUGGCAGCGUCAGCUGUUUAUGUAUAAGUCCAGAUGGAAAAAUGUUGCUGUCUGCGGGGCCGGACGAUCAAACUGUGGGACCUGGAAACCAAAAACCUCACCGCGCAAUUCACCGGACAUUCGUCGGCCGUCACAUCCCUCAUCUUCAUCCGACCCCCGGGGGAGUCUCACUCAUCCAGUGACACCAUGGGCCUGCAUUUCCUGUCCGGAGCGGUACAUGACCGCUUAAUCAGUGUGUGGCAGGUCCGGGCUGACAAAGAGAAGGACGCGGUUCUGUCCUUCACACUCUCAGAAUCUCCCGUGGCCAUAGACCUGGCGCCCUCCAUCAGCAAAGACGAGCCUCUGAAGCUGGCCGUGGUGUGCAAGGACGGACAGAUGCACUUAUUCCAGCACGUGUUGAAUGGGAAUCACAAGAAGCCGGUGGCUCCCACCAGUACAGUACAGAUAGCCACGUCAGGCAGUGAUGAAAGCUCCACACCAAAGCCGGUUCCCAUUCUCUCUGCUGCCAUUUACCCGGAUGGAGAAUCUAUAUUACUUUACUAUGGCAGCACCAUGCAGCCUGUCAUUGAGAAAGUGGCCCUGCGAACAGACGAACGCCAUGUUUGCUUGGUACGUGACACCCACAAGUCGGUGUCGCUUAGAAAAGAAGUCGCCGUAACCAAGAUAAAAACGCCUGUUGUCCAUAAAGACACAAAUGUCCUGGUCCCUGGAGCUCCGGGGCACAGUGCUGCUCUAUCGGUAACACCUCGGUCUCAGAAGCGGGAUGGGAAGCGGAAACCUGAUGACAAGGAGGCCACUAUCGAGGAGCGGCUUGGUGCUAUGGAUAUCGACCAUCCCAAAGUGAAGAGUAAAAGGGGACUGCCUCAGGCGGACAACUUCGCAGUGCUGCUGGUGCAGGGGUUGGAAAGCAGUGACCCCCAUAUAUUAAAUAAAGUAUUGCAGACCACCAAAGACUCCUUCAUAAAGAAUACGGUGUUGCGGAUACCGGUGUACGCUGUCAUACCGCUAAUACACGAGCUCACAAAAAGAUUACAAGGACAUCCGACCAGUGCGAUGGUGAUGGUGCGUUGGAUGAAGAUGGUCCUCCUCAAUCAUGCCUCCUAUCUGUCCUCGUUGCCAGAUUUGGCCCCCCAGCUCGGGUCCCUCUAUCAGCUCAUGGAGACGCGGGUGAAGACUCUGCAUAAAAUGUCCCGUCUGAAUGGAAAGCUUUAUCUUCUCGUCACACAGGUGACUGCGUCUGAGAUCUCCCAGAGGAUACAAACCAAUCAGGAGCCCACAGUGGUGUAUGAGGAAGAGUCUUCAGAUGAGGAGUCUGUGGAGGACGAGGAGGAGAAUGCCGACUCCGAUGAUAAUUGGGAAGAGGAGGCGGAGGUAGACGAUGAGGAUGAUGGGGAAUCUGAGGAAUCGGGAGAUUCGGAUGAGGACAUGAACGUAGACAAAGUGAAUGGCGAUUCUGAUGGAGAUCCCGGGAACGAAAGUGAAGAAGAAUAG